AUGAAUGUAACAAUUUUUUACAAUCAAGGGAUUAACGAAAAGGAACUUACAUCAGGCCUUGACAUGAUAAUUCGCCUGCGUGGCUGUCGUCGCUCUGUGCGACAAAGUCCCCGUCCACAUCCCCCAUCCCCCGUCUACACCUCUAGACCUUACCACGCCCCUGCACCUUACCACGCCCGCCCCGCCUACCACGCCCCCGAACCCGCCUACCACGCCCCCGAGCCCGCUUAUCACGCUCCGAAACACUACGAGCCUGAAUACCCUGAUGUCCCACCCAAGUACAACUACAACUACGGCGUCGCCGACGGCUACUCCGGCGUCAACCUCGGCCACUCAGAAAGCCCGCGACGGCUACAAGACGAGGGCAGCUACUCCGUCGACCUCCCCGACGGCCGCAAGCAGACCGUCAAGUACGUGGACAACGGCGACGGUCUCGUAGCUGAGGUCAGCUACGAGGGCGAGGCUCAGUACCCCGAGCACACCCCCGCCUACAAGCCCGCUCCCCCCGCCUACGCCCCUCCUCCUGCCACAUAUGCUUAAGAGAGAUUCAUAUAAGAGAAUAUAUGCCAGGGAUUUAUAUUCAGCAAAUCAUAUUCAUCUUCUCAUACCUGAAAUA